GAGAAAGUUAUCAUCCGAUUUCCGGCCGGCCGAUCAAAUUGAACGCCGAGAAAUUAUGGCGAUGAAGAGAGUGAGCGAAAUAGAGGAAGAGAAUAUUAAUACUAGAGAGAGAACGCCGGCGUUGGCACCGGUGAAGGAGGACGACGACGUCGUUUAUGUGGUAAUCUCCGGCGAAGAAAAGGGCGGUAAUAGAAGCAUGGACGCUCUGCUAUGGACACUGAAGAAUGAAGUUGCAGAGAUCUUUCUAGUUCAUGUCUUCCCUGAGAUCCGUUUCAUUCCGACUCCAUUGGGAAAGCUUCCAAUAAAUCAGGCAAAUCCCGAGCAGAAGCAAAUUCUCAUGGAACAAGAACGAAAUAAAAGACGCGAAUAUCUUUUUAAGUUUCUUAACUUAUGUUCUGAAUCAAAGGUUAAAGUGGACACGAUCCUGAUAGAAAGCGAUAUGGAGGCUAAGGCAAUACUCGAUUUGAUUCCCAUUCUCAACAUUAAAAAGCUCAUCUUGGGCUCCCCAACCAAAUCCUCCCUCAAAAAACUGAUCAAGCUGAGAAGGAAAGAAAAUGGGGUGGCUGAUAAAGUAUUUGACAAGGCACCACAUUUCUGUCAAGUGAAAAUCAUCUGCCAGGGUAAAGAAAUCUCCAAGUCUAUAGGAUAAUAA